AUGGCCGACGGGGUAGGUGAAACAAACACAGCCGCUGAGGAAAGCGAGGCAAAAGAAGAGGAACCCAAAGUUUUGGAAGUUCUUCCAGACAGCCACCCUGUUGGCAUUAGCAGCGAUGAAGAGGCUCCAAAAGACAAACCGGCGACCGAGAGCAACUGGUCAACACCGAUCCUGUCGCUGGCACGGAAGGCGACCGAGACGAUCAGCAGUGGGGUCAGCUACCGUGCAGCUUUGAGAAACGCCACAUCGUCGGCAUCUGCCGCGAGCUCUCCGACGAGUCCGACUAUACAAAACUCUACGGAGAAUGACACCAACACUAACCAAUACCUACCAGGUACGUAGCAAGGUUAUUGUAUUGCACGCCAAUGUGGAAGUAUAUAUACUUAGUAGGUAGUGAAGUGCUGAACCAGCGACUUCCCUCUUCUGUAUCUCAGUUGUCAUCAGAACACAUGACUCCUGCCUGGCGAGGAAUUCAGAAUGGCAUGCAUCAACAUCAUAUAUAUCGACGACAUAUCUAAUAGUCUAUAUUUGUCCGUGGUCAUUUCUUAGUGUACUUUUUGAAAUUACUUUUGCACAGGAAACUCAGAUUAAGAUCUCUCUCUCCCUUCCUUUCCUCUCUUUUUUCUUUCCCUCUUUCUCUCUCGCCUCUCUUUUUCUCUCUUUCUCUACUCUCUUAAUUUUUCUCUCUGUCUCGCCCUCUCUAUUUGUAGCUGUGAAGGACCAUAUGGCUGUGGAGCGCUCCAACCUGUUCAGUAUGAUGAAGCUGAGUAUUAAGGUCCUGAUCCAGUCAUCUCUGAGUCUGGGCAGAACCCUGGACUCUGACUACCCUCCUCUGCAGCAGUUCUUUGUGGUUCUGGAGCACUGCCUCAAACACGGACUGAAAGGUGAGACUUGGGGUGACAGGCCAACCCUCUGCCUGGAAAGCUACUAGGUGUGUUGCAGACUUUUGUCAGGGUCUUGAUUAGCUGAAUCAGGUGUGUUACUGCGGGGCUGGAGCGAAAGCCUGCACAACCAAGUUGGAGACUUACUAGUUUUGGACUUUGAAGAACACUACCUCAACAUUCUCCUAUCUUCUCUCUCUGUAGUGAAGAAGUCAUUCAUCAAUCAGAAUAAGUCUAUCUGGGGUCCUCUGGAGCUGGUUCAGAAGCUGUGUCCUGAGUCUACUGAUAUUGCCACCAGCGCCAGAGACCUGCCAGGGCUAAAGACUGGGUUAGGUCGGGCUCGGGCCUGGCUGCAUCUGGCCCUGAUGCAGAAGAAGUUGUCUGACUACCUGAAAGCCCUGCUAGACCAUAAGGACCUCCUGUGGUGAGUACAGCGCAAGGCUCUGCUGCUGGAACUGAGUCAGUGUAAUAAGUAUGUAAUAAACAUGUAAUACCAGUAAGCAUUUUGUGUCCUAUUCACAUUUACAGUAGUUAUUGUAUCUAUCUUAUUACAUCUCUCUCUCUCCCUCCUUCCUCCCACAGUGAGUUCUAUGAUCCAGGAGCGUUGAUGAUGGAGGAGGAGGGGACAGUGAUAGGAGGGAUGCUGGUGGGGCUAAACGUCAUCGACGCUAACCUCUGUAUCAAAGGAGAGGACCUGGAUUCCCAGGUUGGGGUCAUAGACUUCUCCUUGUACCUGAAGGACCCUAUGACCACUGAGACCACUAAGGAGUAAGUACUAUGUCUCUGCCUUUCGUCCCUCACCCCAAACACACUCCUCUGUUUAUUUAUGACUAUUCUCCUUUCCUCUAACCUCCUCCUCUCUUUGUUUUUUCCUAUUCUAAUUUCCUCUUUCUUUCUCAGUGAUACAAAGAUAAAGCAUCAACAUAAACCAAACUCCUCUCUCUCUGUUAUUCUGUCUCAUCUCCUGUAACCUCUCCUCUGUCAGCGAUGCUAAAAUGACGGCCAUAUUGGACCAGAAGCACUACAUUGAGGAGCUGAACAGACACCUGAGCUGCUCCGUCACUGACCUGCAGGCCAAGAUGGACUCCAUAGAGAAGACCAACAGCAAGCUCAUUGAGGAGGUCAGAGGAGCUUAUGAAUGUGUUUUAAUCAUUUGUAGUGUUUAUUAACCCCCUAGAGUCGAUGUCUGCGCGCCCAUCAAAAUCCGUCAGGUUAAGCUAGACAUAUCUGUUUUUUUGCAUGGGCUGCGUCUCAAUCCACUGCAUCCGCCGAUUUUGCCUUUCCGCAUCUGCGGUGAAAGGUGGCAGAGCUAGAAUUGUGUUUGUCAGACCAUGAGACAUCCUGAAAAUCGGUCUUCUCACAAAAACAUCUGUAGUGUGCGAACGGUUUGGCCUACAAAAACAAUUAUGACCCCUCUAUGGAAAGAUGAGACUGUUUUGCUUUACGACCCCCACAAGUGUCUUGGGACUCGUCUGGAGUCGGUACAGCCAAUCUGCCAACUUCUGUCUGUAGCGUCCAAAUAGUUUGAGCUACACGCUAAUAUGAUCCCUCUAUGGAAAGGUGAGUCUCUCACAAACACGGAUGAACGGAGCAAAACACAGAUAUAGGACAGACACUUCAGAACAGACUUCCUUUAGAUUUUUUUUUUUUUUAUCCAUGUAUGAAGCUGUUAUUCAAUGCGUUUCUAUGGGCUGAUAGCAGUAAGGCCAAAUUAAUUGUUUCAUCAAGUAUAUAUUUUUUUAUACCUUAAGGCACAGGUGUCAAACUCAUUCCACAGAGGGCCAAGUGUCUGCGGGUUUUCACUCCUCCUAAACACUAAACCGAUCCAAAUGUAGCAUGCAUCAGUCAGAAAAUCUAUUCAAAGUUACGAAUCGGCGGUUCACUAAAAUGUUUUAGUCAAAUUACUUUCUUUCUACCUUCUGAAAAUUCUGUUACCGAUUUGGUAACGGAAUUUCAAAUUCUAAUCACUUAAUAAUUCAUAAACAAAAUUGAUAUCAGUAAAAACAGUAUAACUAAUUGAUAGGUCUACCUUUACUUGUUACUUCUGUGAACUUUCAUUAUCCUCCCUUCUCAUGAGGAUUAUCCUCCCUUCUCAUGAGGGAGAGAAAUGUUAAAAUAUCUUAAAGAUAUGUGGGUUUUUGGUAACUGAAUUUCAAGGCACAAGGCAAUGUUUCUUAAACUUAAAGAAGGCAAAACAUUUAUCCAAAACUAAAUAUAAGUGUUGAUAUUAGUUGGCAGGGGUCUUUACUUCAACAUUAUUGUGUGUUGAUGUAUGUAUAAUACCUUUUAAGACUUUUUCUGGUAGAUGUUUUCAAAGACCCCCUUACCAUUUGUUUGACCAGAAAUCAAAGCCUUUGCUUAUUCAUAAUUUUUAGGAUGGACAAUUGUUGGAAAAUGUAUAUGCCUUAAUAAAUAAAUAAAUAUAGACUCUUAGCUUUCAUUUGACGUGUUGGUGCUCAUGGGUCCUUUUACAUGGAGAUGACCCUGAGCUACCACCAGAGACAUAACUGUCAUCUGGCUAUUGCCUACAUGCUGAUCGGGAUUACAUUAUAUUUUACUUAGAUAAUUCAGGUUCACCAUCAGCAAUAGUUUUGGUAGUUUUGCUUGAAGCAAUCGGUAUAUAUGGUCAUUUGUAGAUAUACAGGGUAAAGUUAAUAAUUGAAUAAUGAGGACAGCAAUCACUUUUGCUACCCGCACUGCAUGGUGGAAGCAGGAGAAGAAGAGAAGCUCACUCUGACUUGUCAAAACUUCCAAACGGUCAAACCAUUCGAUUAUGAGACGGGGGUGAAAUCCAAAGGUCUGCUAUAUAUUCAUUUGGUGUCAUAGCUAAUUUUUAAAGAUAAAUAUUGAUACAUUACUAGCUCUAACACUUUUAAUCUGCAAAAAUGAAUUAGUGGGUAAUGGGGAGUUCAGAGUCCAUCACCCCUUAACCCCACCCACCCAAACUGAUAGUGUGGUGGUAGAUGCCCAAUCUCCUUUAUGGCUCUGUUCAGUUGAAGUCGGAAGUUUACAUACACCUUAGCCAAAUACAUUUAAACUCAGUUUUUCACAAUUCCUGACAUUUAAUCCUAGUAAAAAUGCCCUGUCUUAGGUCAGUUAGGAUCACCACUUUAUUUUAAGAAUGUGAAAUGUCAGAAUAAUAGUAGAGAGAAUGAUUUAUUUCAGCUUUUAUUUCUUUCAUCACAUUCCCAGUGGGUCAGAAGUUUACAUACACUGAAUUAGUAUUUGGUAGCAUUGCCUUUAAAUUGUUUAACUUGGGUCAAACGUUUUGGGUAGCCUUCCACAACCUUCCCACAAUAAGUUGGGUGAAUUUUGGCCCAUUCCUCCUGACAGAGCUGGUGUAACUGAGUCAGGUUUGUAGGCCUCCUUGCUUGCACACGCUUUUUCAGUUCUGCCCACAAAUGUUCUAUAGGAUUGAGGUCAGGGAUUUGUGAUGGCCACUCCAAUACCUUGACUUUGUUGUCCUUAAGCCAUUUUGCCACAACUUUGGAAGUAUGCUUGGGAUCAUUUUCCAUUUGGAAGACCCAUUUGCGACCAAGCUUUAACUUCCUGACUGAUGUCAUGAGAUGUCGCUUCAAUAUAUCCACAUAAUUUUCCUUCCUCAUGAUGCCAUCUAUUUUGUGAAGUGCACCAGUCCCUCCUGCAGCAAAGCACCCCCACAGCAUGAUGCUGCCACCCCCUUUUUCCUCCAAACAUAACUAUGGUCAUUAUGGCCAAACUGUUCUAUUUUUGUUUAAUCAGACCAGAGGACAUUUCUCCAAAAAGUACAAUCUUUGUCCCAGUUGCAAACUGUAGUCUGGGAUUGAUUUGCACUUUUCGCACCAAAGUACGUUCAUCUCUAGGAGACAGAACGUGUCUCCUUCCUGAGCGGUAUGACGGCUGCGUGGUCCCAUGGUGUUUAUACUUGCGUACUAUUGUUUGUACAGAUGAACGUGGUACCUUCAGGCGUUUGGACAUUGCUCCCAAGGAUGAACCAGACCUGUGGAGGUCUACAAUUCUUUUUCUGAGGUCUUGGCUGAUUUAUUUAGAUUUUUCCAUAAUGUCAAGCAAAGAGGCACUGAGUUUGAAGGUAGGCCUUGAAAUACAUCCACAGGUACACCUCAAAUUGACUCAAAUGAUGUCAAUUAGCCUAUCAGAAGCUUCUAAAGCCAUGACAUAAUUUUUCUGGAAUUUUCCAACCUGUUUAAAGGCACAGUCAACUUAGUGUAUGUAAACUUCUGACCCACUGGAAUUGUGAUACAGUGAAUUAUAAGUGAAAUAAUCUGUCUGUAAACAAUUGUUGGAAAAAUUACUUGUGUCAUGCACAAAGUAGAUGUCUUAACCGACUUGCCAAAACUAUAGUUUGUUAACAAGAAAUCUGUGGAGUGGUUGAAAAAUGAGUUUUAAUGACUCCAACCUAAGUGUAUGUAAACUUCUGACUUCAACUGUACACUGAACAAAAAUACAAAUGCAACAAUUUAAAAGAUUUUACUGAGUUACAGUUCAUAUAAGGAAAUCAGUGAAUUGAAAUAAAUUAAUUAGGGCCUAAUCUAUAGAUUUCACAUGACUGGGAAAACAGAUAUGCAUCUGUUGGUCACAGAUACCUUAAAAAAAAAAAGUAGGGGCGUGGAUCAGAAAACCAGUAAGUAUCUGAGUCAUAGAGUUGAUCAGGCUGUUGAUUGUGGCCUGUGGAAUGUUAUCCCACUCCUCUUCAAUGGCUGUGCGAAGUUGCUGGAUAUUGGAGGGAACUGUAACACGCAGUCGUACACGUCGAUUCAGAGCAUCCCAUAGAUGCUCAAUGGGUGACGUGUCUGGUGAGUAUGCAGGCCAUGGAAGAGUUGAGACAUUUUCAGCUUCCUGGAAUUGUGUACAGAUUAUUGCGACAUGGGACUGUGCAUUAUCAUGCUGAAACGACGUGAUGGCAGCGGAUGAAUGGCACGACAAUGGGACUCAGGAUCUCGUCACAGUAUCUCUGUGCAUUCAAAUUGCCAUCGAUAAAAUGCAAUUGUGUUUGUUGUCAUAUCGUAUACCAUAACCCCCACACCACCAUGGGGCACUCUGUUCACAAUGUUCACAUCAGCAAACUGCUUGCCCACACAACGCCAAACAUGCUGUCUGCCAUCUGCCCGGUACAGUUGAAACCGGGAUUAAUCUGUGAAGAGAACACUUCUCCGGUGUGCCAGUGGACAUCAAAGAUGAGCAUUUGCCCACUGAAGUCGGUUACGACGCCGCACUGCAGUCAGGUCAAGACCCUGGUGAGGACGACGAGCACGCAGAUGAGCUUCCCUGAGACGGUUUCUGACAGUUUGUGUAGAAAUGAUUCGGCUGUGCAAACCCACAGUUUCAUCAGCUGUCCGGGUGGCUGGUCUCAGACGAUCCCACAGUUGAAGAAGCCAGAUGUGGAGGUCUUGGGCUGGCGUGCGGUUGUGAGGCCGGUUGGACGUACUACCAAAUUCUCUAAAACAGCUUAUGGUAGAGAAAUGAACAUUACAUUCUCUGGCGGACAUUCCUGCAGUCAGCAUGCCAAUUGCACGCUCCUUCAAAACUUGAGACAUCUGUGGCAUUGAGUUGUGUGAGAGAACUGCACAUUUUAGAGGGGUCUUUUAUUGUCCCCAGCACAAGGUGCACCUGUGUAAUGAUCAUGCUGUUUAAUCAGCUUCUUGAUAUGCCACACCUGUCAUGUGGAUAGAUUAUCUUGGCAAAGGAGAAAUGCUCACUAACACGGAUGUAAACAAAUUUGUGUACAACAUUUGAGAGAAAUACGCUUUUUAUGCAUAUGAAACAUUUCUGGGAUCUUUUAUUUCAGCUCAUGAAACAUGGGACCAACACUUUACAUGUUGCGUUCAUAUUUUUGUUCAGUAUACAUCAUUUAGACACACACACAAGUCAGCUCAGACAGAUCUGGCUCAUGCGCUCCAUCAGCAGCGAUUUUAAUUUAGAAUAGAAAAUGAAUGUGUUUAUGCAAUAAAUGUUAGUGCUUCGAAUCGUAUCACAUCGGACCGAAUCGCAUCGAUUUGUUCCUCUAAUUAAAACAAAUCGCACCAAAUCGUUUCAAACUAAAACGAAUCGUUCCUGUAUCGUAUCGUAUGUAUCUAGAUACAUAUGGAAUCGUCUUGAAAGGGAAAGAUGCACAUCCCUAGUUAUAUCCCUACAUAGGGUUAUAUAAUACAUCCAUAAGCACUAUGCAGUUGUUAUGGAUGUGUUCUAUAGCCCUAUGUAAUGAUUAUGGAUGGUUAUAACCCUAUAUAGUCCUUACAGAUGUGUUGUAACCCUACAUAGUGAUUAUGGAUGUGUUAUAACCUCAGGUAGUUGUUAUGGAUGUGUUAUAACCCUAUGUAGUGAUUAUGGAUGUGUUAUAACCUUUAUAGUCCUUAUUGAUGUGUUUUAACCCUACAUAGUGCUUAAACAUGUUAUAACCCUACAGGCAUUAUGGAUGUGUUUUAACUAGGGCUGUCAAUUUCUUUUUUUUAAUCAACUUAAUCGCAGGAUUAGCUGUGAUUAAUCGCAAAUUCCGAAUUUGCUCAAAGUGUGAACUGUAAUUGAAGAUUUUUCAUACAAAAAACAUUACAAGUAUAUUCACGUCUUGAUUUUGUCUAAAGUAACGGUUAGUAAAAUUUGCUAAAUUGAGAAAAGCAGACUUUCUUUAACCUCAAUGUCAACUUGUUUUUACAUGGCAUAGUCGAUUUUAGCUGUAUAGAUUAUGUAUUUGGUUGUUUUAAGUGUAUUUUAACACUAUCAGACAAUGUGAUUAAUCACGAGAAAAAGAAAGAAAAAACUACAGUGCUUAUGGAUGUGUUAUAACCCUACAGCUGACGGCAGCGACAGACAGAAUUAACUCGUUACGGGAGGAACAGGAAUCACUGAGACAUGAGAAUGAGACCAUCGUCCAGAGCAGCCAGAAGAAAGAGGAGGUCAGGACACUCCCACUUCCUGCAACCGUUUUCAGUCUGUAACUGUCAUCCAAGUCAGACAAUAUGAAGAGCUGGCAUUUCACGUCCUGUUUGGUUUCCUAGGCGACCCUGGAGGACAGCGCAGUAGAGCUGGAGACAUACAGACAGACACGGCAGGGCCUGGAUGAGAUGUACAGCGUGGUGUGGAAACAGUACCAGGAGGAGAAACGCAUCAGACAGGUAUGUGAAACAGCGAGAUGAACAACUAGCUCUACAUUUCUUUAUGAGAUCCUAGCUAACUAACUGCCUCUACAACAGGUGUGUGUGUUCCUGUACCUUUGUUCCUGUGUGUGUGUGUAGGAGUUGGAGCGGGAGUUGGAGCUUCAGGGAGGACUAAAGCAGGAGAUGGAGAUGGCCAUGAGGCUGCUGGAGAAAGACACGCAUGAGAAACAGGACACACUGCAAGCCCUCCGACACCAACUAGACCAGGUCAAAACCCUCAACCUGCAGAUGUUCCAUAAGGCACAGGUAACACACACGGACACACACACAUGCUCAAGCAAACAUGAAACACAAACACACACACUCACUUAUGCAGCAACACCGUGGUGAGGACACAACACUUGACAGAAUGUGUGUGCAGGACUGUGAGCGCGAGGCCCAGAGGAAGCAGGAGGCGGCAGGACAACUGGAGGAGAAGAUUAACCAGAUGGAGACCACCAUUAAGGAGAUGGAGCAGAGGUGUGUGUGGGGAGGGAUGGGGGGGUAACAGGGUUUUUUCCAUAAUGGAUUCUGUGUUUUAACAUGAUUGAAUGCUAAUUGUAGCCCAUGUAUUUUCAGACUGCAGAACUCUGAGCGUGAUCGCAGACAGUGUGACCAGACAGAUAGAGACAUGAGGACAGAGCUGGAGGGCAGAGUGGACUCCCUACAGAAACAACUGUCUGACCUGGACACACUGAGGUACGUACGCACGGACACACACACACACACACACACACACACACACACACGUUGUGACCUACUCCCCCCUGUCUGUCUAGGCUGGGUCUGGAGAGUGAUCUGUGCAGUGAGAAGGAGCAGAGACAGGCCAUUCAGAGAGCUCUACAGAGAGAACAGGACAACAGCACUGAGCUACGCACCCAACUACAACAGAUACAGGGGCUACACACGGUCAGCAUCACACACACAGAGAAAAGACAAGUCCACCUCCCGUUUUUCUUCUGAGCUUGUUUCUGUGUGUUUCUAGGAGCUGCAAGAUGUUCGUCAGGAGAAGAAGCAGCUCCAGCAGAGCUGUCAGGAGCAGGAGACAGCCUUACAGGAGAUGGGCCUACACCUCAGCCAGUGAGUACUGUACUAGACAGCCUUACAGGAGAUGGGCCUACACCUCAGCCAGUGAGUACUGUACUAGACAGCCUUACAGGAGAUGGGCCUACACCUCAGCCAAUGAGUACUGUACUAGACAGCCUUACAGGAGAUGGGCCUACACCUCAGCCAGUGAGUACUGUACUAGGCAGCCUUACAGGAGAUGGGCCUACACCUCAGCCAGUGAGUACUGUACUAGACAGCCUUACAGGAGAUGGGCCUACACCUCAGCCAGUGAGUACUGUACUAGGCAGCCUUACAGGAGAUGGGCCUACACCUCAGCCAGUGAGUACUGUACUAGACAGCCUUACAGGAGAUGGGCCUACACCUCAGCCAGUGAGUACUGUACUAGACAGCCUUACAGGAGAUGGGCCUACACCUCAGCCAGUGAGUACUGUACUAGGCAGCCUUACAGGAGAUGGGCCUACACCUCAGCCAGUGAGUACUGUACUAGACAGCCUUACAGGAGAUGGGCCUACACCUCAGCCAGUGAGUACUGUACUAGACAGCCUUACAGGAGAUGGGCCUACACCUCAGCCAGUGAGUACUGUACUAGACAGCCUUACAGGAGAUGGGCCUACACCUCAGCCAGUGAGUACUGUACUAGGCAGCCUUACAGGAGAUGGGCCUACACCUCAGCCAGUGAGUACUGUACUAGACAGCCUUACAGGAGGUGGGCCUACACCUCAGCCAGUGAGUACUGUACUAGGCAGCCUUACAGGAGAUGGGCCUACACCUCAGCCAGUGAGUACUGUACUAGACAGCCUUACAGGAGAUGGGCCUACACCUCAGCCAGUGAGUACUGUACUAGACAGCCUUACAGGAGAUGGGCCUACACCUCAGCCAGUGAGUACUGUACUAGGCCCACUCCUAAUCCUCCUCUUUCUCUUCCUUCCUGUGUUCCCUCUGUUUUAUCUUUGUGUGACUCAUCUCUCUCGUAGGUCGAAACUGAAGAUGGAGGACUUCAAAGAGGUCAAUAAAGCCCUGAAGGUAACGUAUUCCCUGUCCUCCAUAACACUUCCCCUUUCCCCUAGCCCUCUGUUACACCAAGUCUCUAUGGAGUUUACUAGUGAAGAACAGAAGAGACGGGUACUCCUUGGUGGUCUCGCUGGUCAUAGAGUCCUUCAGGUACAAGGAGAAGUCUAUGACCUACACGACACACACUCUAUUAUAUAAUCAUUUGUGUUUGAGCAUUGUUGUCUGUCCGUGUCCAUCAGGGCCAAGCCUGGCUGAAAGACGACGAGGCUACACAGUGUAAACACUGUCAGAAGGAGUUCUCCAUCGCUCGCAGAAAGGUGAAGCGGCUCUGUCCAGCCAUCUCUUCUGUCUUUCCUUCAGUUGUGGAUUCUGGUCUGUGGCAGAUGUAGAGAAAGAUUUAGAAAUGCCUUCGUAUGAAAUGCUCUCAUUUGCCACAAGUGUUACAAAUACAGUUAUACUAAAUGUCUGUGGGGGUUUUUUUCUCCCUCCCUGUCUGCAGCACCACUGUAGGAACUGUGGAGAUAUCUACUGCAACAGUUGUUCUAGUAACGAGUUGGCCCUGCCCUCCUACCCUCGACCUGUACGGGUCUGUGACAUCUGCCAUUCCCUCCUGCUGCAGAGGAGCACCUCCUGACAGAACCCACACACAUAGGACCCUCACACACGCUCUCCUUCUCACUCAAUC